AGUAAUUUAGUGUCAUACAAAUACAGUCAUAUAGGUUUGACAUGUCUCUAACAAAUUACAUUAAUGCGGUACAAUUUCUUAAAUAUGAACCUUCAUGCGAAAAGUCAGGCUCGGCCAAUAGAAUUUUACGCAAAAAUUUAUAUUACAAAUUCUGUCAUAUCUUUUGAUUCUGUAAAUGGAUUUUCUUUGAAUAAAGUUUAAUGUUACCGGCUAAUGUCAUACAGUUACUUUUAUGAAAGAAUAAGACCUUAUUGCUUAAAAAUUGUAAUAGAAACUCAAUUUCUUUAAAUGAGAGCAUGAAAUUUUGGGUUAAAAUACAAGUAAUCACAAUUAAAUGUGCUUUUUUCAAUUUUUUUUCCUUCAAUAUUGUAAUAAAACUUACUGAUUAUGAUUUUUACCUAUAUACCAUGGUAAAUAAAGUAAAGAACCAACAUACACACCCUACAUUGUUUGCUUAAGAUAUCAAUAAAGACAAACAGAGGUAAUCUUAAGGUUAGCAAAGAGGUUACCAAAUCACCAUGGGCUAUGUCUUUGACAAAGUAAGAUUAGCCAACUCUCACACAAAUAAGGCUUUAAAAAGAUGACACAUACCGUCUCCCACUUUAAAUCAUUGAGAAGUCUUAAUAUAGUCAGAAUUAGAGAUAUUUUCUCCUGAAAUACAUCAAAAUAACUACCAAAUAUUGCCCGAGCAUUGGGAGGCGCUACCGUCAAUAGCUGAAGUUUCAAACUAGACAUAAGUUAUUACCUUCUCAAUGUGUCCUGACAAAGCUGCUGCCAAACAGAGCUGAAGGAGUCCUUCCAUAGAUCUUUAACAGGAUAAGAUUUGUCAUAUAUCGACCACUACAGGGAUACAACAUAAUGACUUUAUUUCAAAGUGGAAAGAAAUCGAACAGAUUCUCCUUAGAUUCGAUAAAAUGUAUCCAAUAAAAGACUUUCAACAGACGAUUACAGACUUUGGAUCCAUCCCUCUUGAUCCAAAAACAGAACAAAGGGUAACAGAUGAAAUUGAAAAAUGGGAAAAACACGAUAAGGAUCUAGAGCUUCUGAAAGCAGAUUUUGAAGUUUUGAAGGAGACUGUUGAAGACUUAAAGACAAAAGAUGAAAGAAGGCAUGAACACAAGAGGAAGGGAAACAUUUUUAAGAGGUUUUCUGAGUGGAUAAGUUAUCGUAAGAUGAAAAAAGAACUUCAAGGCGACCUUAUUAAAUUCUACAGAAACAGGUGUAGUUCAAUACCUCUCUCUCCGCUGGUUGAAGAAGUUGAAACACCUCUAGCUGGGUUCUACGUGAUGCCAGAUUUAGUUGCCAUUAAACAGUCUAAGUCUUUUUCAAGUGACGUGGAGGAGAAAACGCCAGUCAAAUCUUUACGGGACCUGUUUUCGGUUGGGAGCGGUAAUCAGCGAGAAAUGUAUUUAUCAGCAGACGCAGGCUUUGGAAAAACUGCUUUUUCAAAAUACCUUACAGUCACGUGGUGCCAGGCUCAUCAUCAAGACAAAAACUAUUAUUUUUUUAAAGAUGAGGAGUUAAAAGCUCUUUCUGACUUUGAGUUCUUAUUUUUGGUAUUAUUAAGAGAUUGUUCUGAUAUCUGUAGCAUAGACAAAAUGAUUGAGCAGCAAAUCAUUGAACAACUUCCUACGUCAGUAUCACUAGAAGACAUUUUACGUAAAGAAACGUGCUUGAUUAUAUUAGACGGUCUUGAUGAAUGGAUCCAUCCUGAAAAUGGUUGUUCCAGACGAAAUGAAAAAAUCCCACAUCGGUACGUACGUGAAAAGUGUGUUAUCCUAACGACUACGCGUCCAUGGAAAUUUGGAGUUUCAAAUCUUACAACAAGUCAGAUUAACAAGAUAGAGAUGGUUCAACUUAGUGAAGAUUCUACGAGGCAACUUGAGAAAAAUGCUAUAAGUAAAAUGACCGGUAUUCCUGAUGGUGACGUAUUGACGAGUAAAAUACGGGACUUAAAUAAAGUGAUACUUGAUUGUGACCUUCAACACAUGCAAAAGAUUCCACUCCUCCUCAUGUUUAUCACUUGCCUUUGGUGCAACGGAAUUCCCAUAGGAAACUCGAAAUGUGAUGUUUACACCCACAUCAUUGAAUUUCUUUUAUCAAGAACAGCAAAGAAACACCCGGAAAUUCAACCAUCUUGUGAUUAUUCUGCCUGCGAUGUCCCAGAAUAUUUCAGAAAUCAGAGCUUUAUUAAAAAGUUUAUCUCCCUUAUAAAAUCAUUAUCAGAGCUAGCUUAUCAAACAUUAUUUAAUAAAACAAAAGAAAACACGCUGGUAUUUGACAGAUCGGUUGCUGAAACAUAUCUCAAAGCAGACGACAUAAAAAUAAGCCUUUUCUCAGGAAUAUUGUCAGAAAGUAGGACUAAGACAUUAAUAAAAGAAAUAACUAAAGUGUCAUUUUGCCACAAAACAGUUCAGGAAUUCUUUGCCGCCAUAUUUAUAAGUUCACACAGUGACGUUCAGAAAAUUGUUCUAGAAAGAUGUAAAAAUGUUCAAGACAUUAUGGACAUGUCAAUACUUUAUGAAUUUACAAGUAAAAUAGAUGCUGACCAGAUGUGUGCAAUAUCUAAUGAUUUGAUGUCUGUGAUAAAUGAACUCGAGAAAACACGCGAUUAUAGAACUAGGACAGGUCGCGAGAACUUAAGCAAUAAUCCAUUGUAUGACAUACAGAAAAUGUUUAUGUCGUUUUUACAAGAAAUGCCUGAAAGUGAAAAUAUUCAUUUAUGUUUACAAGAUUUCUUCAUUGACUACGACACCGAGGACAGUAAGCAGUUACAACGUUUGUUAAAACAAAAUAAAACUAACAUAAAAUCACUUUAUAUAGACAUCUCCUUGUCUCUCAACAGUUUAAGUGAAAUUACACAUGUAGAUUCUUUCUCUCUCACAGAUCUCAGUCACAUACAGAAACUUUACUAUUCGGGUGACAAGACGAAGGAGGCUGAGAUAAAUCGGAUAUUGUUUCCCAGUUUACAGUACGUAUCUUUGUGGCGUGGUAACUGGACAAAUGAUGAACAAAAUCUGAGUGAAAAUUUGGCGCAACUACAAAACUUACAAUAUUUAUAUAUCUGGGACUUUACGUUAUCUCACAAAAUACUGGAAACAUUUUUCAAUUUUAUCUCCGAUCAAAAAUCAAUGAAAGAGUUAACAUUGAACGAGUUACACUGUAAAGAACAUGGCCGCAAUAAGUGUAAGGGAUUGAACUUGGACUUUUCUCAACAUUCAACUCUGUCAAAGUUACAUUUGCGGCAGUUACCUAGGCUACAAUUAAAUACAUCAACACCAUCAUUAGUUGAUGUUAGGUUGUACGACAUCCAGUCUGAUUAAAAUCAGCUCGAAAUAACGCUCCGCUUUUAGAUCUGGUCGCGACCAUAUACGACAUUAUUUCUGGUGACUAUUCACACAGCCAGUCAUCGGCAAACUUUCAUAAAUUUGAUGGCGAUGUGGUUUCUUAUUUAAACCCUAGGAAAACUAAAACUGAGCCAACAGGUAAACUGGCAAAACAAUCUUGCCUAUUAAAAAUUGACUCUAUUUUUUCAAGUAAUUUGUUAAAAUUACUUCAAACAUUUUUUAUAACAAAAAUCAACACUUUGUUUAACUUCCAAGGAGAAGAGUAUUUUGAUACUUCUUUCAAUGACUAUGUAAAAACCCGUUUGAUUGCAUGGCUAAAAAUAGCUUUAUCGGGAAAUCCGAAUAAUAAAUAAGGCGAAACAUAUACGGUCGUCAUCAGAUCUACAUAAAAGAAAUAAGUAGAUCUUAACUUUAGUCAGAUUGUAUGACAUCAAUCUAGAUGAAAGUUUCAUUGUUACUGUCAGACACAAAGUUGAAUAUUUAGGAUAGAAAUGUCUGCAGGAAGUUUACAGAAAUAGAACUUUAUUGCCGUGUUGGAAAAUCUGCCGCAGUCAGUUACAGUAAAGAUGGCCGCCAUAGAACCGGAAACAGAAUAUGAAUAUAGAGAAAAUAUUCGGUAAUCACAAACUUUUCAUGUGAUAGAAGAUGACAACGACGACCGGGGUAGGAUUGGAAUCCAGUAAAGAAUAAACAAGAAAAAAUAUUUAAAACAUAAUGAAGAAAUGACUGCAAGACUUUGAAAAAAGUAAAAAAAAUUAAAAAAAACCUUAAAUACAUAAUUGUGAUUGAUGAAACGUAAUUUAAUGUUCGAUAUUAAGCAUUUAAACAAGUCAUUUUCUUAUUAAUCCAACUGACAGUUGUAUAUAAAUAAAGUGAUUUAAAUGAUAGAAAAUGUGUGUAUAGGAAAUAUUUUUACGAAACUUAAUGGAUAGUUGGAUAAGGAAAUAUUUAACAGAUAAGAGAUUUAUAGUGAUUAGUUUACACAUUUUUUUAUUUUUGUAAAUACUCAUAUGAGCCGUGUCACGAUAAAACCAACAUAAUAGGUUUGCGACCAGCAUGGAUCCAGACCAGCCUGCGCAUCCAGUCUGAUCAGGAUCCAUGCUGUUCGCUAUCAGUUUCUCUACUUGUAAUAGAGUUGGUAAGCGAACAGCAUGGAUCCUGAUCAGACUGCGCGGAUGCGCAGGCUGGUCUGGAUCCAUGCUGGUCGCAAAGCCAUUAUGUUGGUUUUGUCAUGACACGGCUCAAAUAGAUUUCUUUAAAGUUAAUCACAUUCUAAAAUGUGCUUUAAGUUAAAAACAAGCAUGAAUUUUAACAUAAAUAUUGAGGAAUUACACUUUUAUUAUAUUUUCAUAAAACUUUGGAUCCAAAAUGUGAAAUAGAUUUUAAAAUUUAAUUAAAACAUUUAUGAAACAUAGAUAGUAAUGGACACAUGUAUAUUUUACGUGAGCACUUGAACUAUAACCCACACCUCACCUCCAUAAAGAAAAUACACACAUAAUCAAUUUAUUUAUGCAGUAUGUGAAAUUAAAUUAAAUCUUUAGAAUAGGUUAAAUGUUUAUUAUAUUAAAGCAUUUACAUAAUCACACUUAUUAUAUCCAGUUAUAAUUAAUUGAAAUUUGUGGAAUAAUUGCAAUUUUAAGUACAUAAAAUGUUUCAUUUUUCUUAUUUCCGCUAAAUUAGGAUGUUAAAUGUUAUAGUAAGGAUCUAUUUUUUCGUAUUUCCAAAUACAAGGCAAGGAAUAAAGUUUCCAUAUCAUUAAUAUGUUUAGCUUGGAGGAAUAUUUGUAUUUAAUGGAACACACCGGCAGCGCAACUUUACUUUUUUAUAUUUCUUCCAAACUUUAAGGUAUGACCACUCUAAAAGGACACUUUAAGGAACUGAAAAAAUGACAACAUUGGUCAGAUUUAUGCCUUAAAAGACACUUUUAUGCACAAUUUAAACUUUACCGUACAGUAAACGAGUUAUGGUCACUUUUAAUGAAUUUAGGCUGAGGUUUUACAUUUGGGCCUUUUUUCAGAAUAUGGAAUCUUUGAAUAGUCUAUAUAAUUAUACCUCAAUAUAUCUUUCAAUGUUAAACUUCCAUAGGAUUAUCAUGUGUUCUGAUUGAAUAUCACCCUCCAAAAAUGCAUAACCACGGGAAUAUUUCUUAUAUCAUCCUGGGGCACAUAACUAUUGCUGAACUCCAUAUUCAGCUAAUAUUUAAGUUUAACUAGAAUUUGUUACAAUAUGUUUUUAGUGUAAGGGAGAUAACACCUCAACUUUAUAUAGAAAUGUAUAAAUCAUUCUCGAACUGUUUUUUGUUCAACUUAUUGUUUUGAGCAAAAUUAAAUUGUAAAAAUGA